AGGGCUGCGCGGGCGCCCCGGAAUGCCUGCGGGGCUGCGAGUGGGGCGGGGGGUGCGCUGCAAGGAACCACAGCUCCGGCGUGUUCUGGCUGCUGCGGGGGGCCGGGCACGGGAGGUCCUGCGCGCUCCUGCUUCGCUGGGCACGCGUGGGUUUCCGACAAGCCCCGGGGGAGGUGAAGGGAGGGCGCAGCGGGGCUGGCGAGCGUCGGGGCUGUUUGUCCCCUGGUUUUGGGGAGAAGGAGCAAACCGCCUUUCAGUGCGUGAUUUACGCCUGUCUGUAGUGGCGUCAGGAGAUCCGUGCGAUUCGGAAGUGAGUGCACGUCUGGUACAAAUAUAUACGUGUGUGUAUGUGCGUGUGUGUAAGUUUAGAUAUUUCUCCUGUGAUGAAAUUAAUUCGAUCUGUAAGACAAGGAAAGUCCUUCUCUGGGUUCUUCUAUGCAGAGGGCGUGUGUGGACGGGAAGGAAAAGCCAUAAUUUUUGCUGCUUUUUUUUUUUUUUUUUUUUUUUUUUUUUUGUGGACUUACUUCGUGACAGCCCCCUUCCCCCAUUAAAAAAAAAAAAAAAAGAAAAAAGAAAGAAAAAAAAGAAAAAAAAAGCUGCUGGUGUUUUCAGCAAGCUGUUUGUGUGUCACUUUGCCCCACCCCGAUGGUAAAGUCCCUUUUGCCCUAAUCCAUAGUCUGAUCACACACUCGGCCCUUAAUGGGGGUUUCAAAGCACUUUGAAAGAAGAGGAGGUGGUUGGUGUGUGUGCGGUGGGAAUGGGGGUGGGGGUGUCUUGCACAGGCUCCGGCCACAAAACAGAAAUUCACGGGCAGAGGACUUCUCUCCCUUAGGCUUCGCCCUUCCCCGGCCAGCGGUACACGGGAUUUUUCCACAGCACGCAAGAAGCCCCUCGAGUUUUAAACCUCCCCAAAUGUGCCGAACGCGAAACUCGUCUCCCUCGCUCACCCUUUUGCCAAGCCCAGUUUGAAAGAAAAGAAAAGUUAGCAAUCCUGGCACUUGAGUUCGGUGAGAGUGGACUUUGGCUUCUUAGAAGUGGGGAAUCGUGUUAUCACGCACAUGCACACACAAAAAGGCAAAUCUGCUUCUCUUGCUCUUGGCGGAUGCAAAGGGGAGAAGUACUAGGUCAGAGGAGGGAGAGGUGUGCCCUCCUGUCAGGAUUUUCAAGCAAAUGUAGGUGAAAGAGAGAUUUUUGAGGUUUGCAAAUAAAUGUGCUGGUUCUUUGCGUCCUGUCCUGUUAGCGGAUCUGUGGCGGGGAUAAAAAAGGGGGAGCACCCUGCUCGGUCUGAUGCCCCCACUGGAAAUGCCUCCUGGGUCCCUCCGGGCUGGGGCGGAGCGGGGCGGGCUGAAGGUCAGGCAAUUUGCAGAAUAUGCGUAAAAUAAGAGGAGCUUUUCCAGCGGCUGGCUUUGUGAAGUUGAAUGGGUGUUUAGCGCAAGGCGAGAGGGGGUAAUCUGCCUUUUGCCCAGCUGUCCCGGAGGUGUUGUCUGAACCGUCUGCAGGGCGCCUGGCACUUCCCGGGAGGGGAAGCUCCUUUAGCAUCUCCUGGGGGAGGGCAGGGGGGAAGAGUUUAAAGGAAACAUGGGUUUGACUUUCUGAUAAGGCGACUGAAGCAGCCCCCUCCCACCUCCCAGCCCAGAGGAUGUCUCCUGGUUAUCUCCAGGUUGUCUGCACUCUCCGGCGGGCGAGGGGCUGUCGCCUCCCACCUGCUGCGCGCCCCCCGCCCGAGACGGAGCUGGAGGCGGGGAGGGAAGUGGAGAGCGGAGGCUGCUUUUCCAGCUCCCACCUUGGCGUCUGAGGGGGGCUCCGCCACCGAUCCCGGGGUCGUCUGAAGCGCCUUCAGGAUUUCAGAUGUGUUCUAAGCCUGGUGGGGUGAGCAAGCUUCUGGGCACUGAUGGAGACUCAGCACGGCAGUGGGUCACAGCCCUUACUACAGGCUCGGCGUGACAGUGGGAGACCGCAUGGGGAGCCCGACCUGCGGGAUGUCCUGAUGCAGCAGGUUCACGUCUUGUCGUUGGACCAGAUCAGAGCCAUCCGAAACACAAAUGAAUACACAGAGGGACCUACGGUGGCUCCACGGCCGGGGGUCAAAUCUUCUCCUCGGGUAACAACCCAACCCAAAAGUGAAAGGCCUCAUGGGUUGCCUGAGCAUCGUCAUUUCAGCCGGAUCCAGCACACGCAAACGCACUCAUCUCCUCGAGUGCCUCUCUCCCGGUCCAUCAGCACAGUCAGCACGGGCUCACGGAGCAGUACGAGGACGAGUACAAGCAGUAAUUCGUCAGAACAAAGACUUCUGGGGUCGUCUUCGGGGCCAGUUGCUGAUGGGAUAGUCCGAAUGCAGCCCAAGUCUGAGCUCAAGUCGAGUGAGCUGAAGCCACUGAGCAAAGAAGAUUUGGGAGCACACAGCUACAGGUGUGAGGACUGUGGAAAGUGUAAGUGUAAGGAGUGCACUUAUCCAAGGACCCUCCCCUCAUGUUGGAUCUGUGACAAACAGUGCCUUUGCUCAGCCCAGAACGUGGUUGAUUAUGGGACUUGUGUUUGCUGUGUGAAGGGCCUCUUCUAUCACUGCUCUAAUGAUGACGAGGACAACUGUGCUGACAACCCCUGCUCCUGCAGUCAGUCACAUUGCUGCACUAGGUGGUCCGCCAUGGGUGUAGUGUCCAUCUUUCUGCCUUGCUUGUGGUGUUACCUACCAGCCAAGGGUUGCCUUAAGUUGUGCCAGGGCUGUUACGACCGGGUAAAUCGGCCUGGGUGCCGCUGCAAACACUCCAACACCGUUUGCUGCAAAGUUCCCAGCGUACCCCCCAGGAACUUUGAAAAGCCAACAUAGCAUCACUAGCCAGAAAUACUAAAGUAACAAGGAUUAUUAUUUUAACGUACAUAUGCAACCAACUAAGCAGCUAUGGUCUUGGCACUGUAGUGGAAGGGUUGGGGAUGUACUUUGCUGUUUGCAGUGAAAUGCUUUUCUGUGUGUGUGCCAUCUUAACUGAUACGCUUGUUAGAAUCCAGCUAAUGGCAUACAGGGGAAAAAAAAGGGAUGCAGUACAUUCUGACCCACAUAUUGCAUAAGCUAAAGCAACACAGACACUCCUAGGCAACUCUAUUGUUUGUGAAUAGUACUUGCAAAAUUUGUAAAUUAGCAAAUGACUCCUUUUUUUCAUUGUUUUCUGCCAGAGAUAAUGUGCUAUAUUUUUGUAUAUACAAUAAUAUUUUCAACUGUGAAAAGUAAGUGCUGUCAUAAGACAUGGCACAGUCACAAAAUAUUAUACUAAUAUGUUGUACAUUCGGAAGAAUGUGAAUCAAUCAGUAUGUUUUUAGAUUGUAUUUUGUCUUACGGAAACCUUCUAUUACAAGACUUUGAUUUCCCUUUGGACUUCAUGUAUAUUGUACAGUUACAGUAAAAUUCAGCCUUUAUUUUCUAAUUUUUCAACAUAUUGUUUAGUGUAAAGAAUAUUUAUUUGAAGUUUUAUUAUUUUAUAAAAAGAAAUAUUUAUUUUAAGAGGCAUCUUACAAAUGUCGCCCCUUUUUAUGAGGACGUCAUAGUUGCUGCAGAUAAGGGGUGUAUGAUGCAUAUGUUCACUAUAAAAUAGAAAAUAUAUUAACGUUUGAAAUUAAA